GGUGAGAUCGACGCACCAUCGAUGGAGCAGCUUGGCCGUCUUCCAUACCUCGAGGCUGCUAUGCGCGAGAACUUGCGUCUGAACACGAGCAUGACCACGCGCUCGCCGAAUCAAGACACGACUCUCAGCUGCGGGACUUUCAUCCCCAAGAAUUCGGUGGUGUGUGUGUGCCACUACGCGUCAGCGCGGCUCAAGUCCACAUGGGGUGAUGAUGCUGCCGAGUACAAGCCCGAACGCUGGCUUGACCCAGACACAGGCAAGCUGCGUCAGUUCUCGCCGUACCAAUUCGUCACUUUCCUUGCCGGUCCUCGCCAGUGCAUUGGCAUGCGCUUUGCGAUGCUGGAGCUUCGAAUGGUAGCUUCCGUGCUCUGCAGCCGCUUCAACAUCAAGACCGUCGAGGAUCCGUUUAGCCUCACGUACGAGCUUUCGACAGUGUUUCCCGUCAAAGGUCGAUUGAUGUGCACGGUGGAGUCGUCAGGUUUAGCAGUUUCGAGCUGAAGAAGACGACAGACUUGACCGAGUCGCAAGAUAACCCUUUGACACUUUGACUUCGUUUUCACGAAUGAACCUUGUUUGGUUGUUUUACUGCA